CAUGCUACACCUUUACAUUGUGAUUGGAAUUGCACCGAAUAGCUUGACCUGUUAUAAGGCCCUUCCGGGAACUACCUCGGCACGCGCUUUACUACGUGUUUAUUGCACCGAAUGGCUGGGCCCACAUAAUAGCUAGCAGCAUGAGAACACUAGAGCGUGCUGGGCAUUGCUGAACACAGUCGGUCACCCGUCACCAGGCACGAGCGCAGCUGGGGGGCCGCGUUCAGCAGCGUGCCACGCACGGGAACUCGCGCCCGGCGUCCCACACGGAGGCAGCAGAGCAGCGGUUAGCAGAACCCCUCCGAUCACUGGCGUAGGAGCUAAGCAGCCAGGAUGGAGAUCUACCAUCAAUAUAUUAAGCUGCGCAAGCAGUUUGGCCGCUUUCCAAAGUUUGGGGAUGAGGGCAGCGAGAUGCUUGCGGACAUCCGCCCCAACGAGGACCACGGCAAGGAGUACAUCCCGCGCAACCCCGUCACGACGGUGACGCAGUGCGUGCCGGAGAUGUCGGAGCAUGAGGCGAACACCAACGCGGUGAUCCUGGUCAACAAGGCGAUGAGCCACGUAGAGGGCGGGUGGCCCAAGGAUGUUGACUACACGGAAGCGGAGCACACGAUCCGGUACCGCAAGAAGGUGGAGAAGGAUGAGGACUACAUCCGUACAGUUGUCCAGCUGGGCUCGUCAGUGGAGGACCUGAUCAAGCAGAACAACGCGGUGGACAUCUACCAGGAGUACUUCACGAACGUGACGAUGGACCACACGUCGGAGGCACCGCACGUGAAGACGGUGACGGUGUUCAAAGACCCUAACAACAUCAAGCGCAGCGCCUCCUACGUCAACUGGCACCCAGACGGCUCCGUGCCCAAGGUGGUGGUGGCGUACUCGAUCCUGCAGUUCCAGCAGCAGCCGGCCGGCAUGCCGCUCAGCUCGUACAUAUGGGACGUGAACAACCCCAACACGCCCGAGUACGAGAUGGUGCCCACCAGCCAGAUCUGCUGCGCCAAGUUCAACCUCAAGGACAACAACCUUGUUGGCGCGGGCCAGUACAACGGCCAGCUGGCCUACUUCGACGUGCGCAAGGGCAACGGCCCCGUGGAGGCCACGCCCAUCGACAUCAGCCACCGCGACCCCAUCUACGACUUUGCCUGGCUGCAGUCCAAGACCGGGACCGAGUGCAUGACCGUAUCCACGGACGGCAACGUGCUGUGGUGGGACCUGCGCAAGAUGAAUGAGUGCGUGGAGAACAUGCCGCUCAAGGAGAAGAACUCGGAGACCACGGUGGGCGGCGUGUGCCUUGAGUACGACACCAACGCCGGCCCAACCAACUUCAUGGUGGGCACGGAGCAAGGCCAGAUCUUCUCCUGCAACCGCAAGGCCAAGAACCCGGUCGACCGCGUCAAGUACGUGCUCAGUGGCCACCACGGCCCCAUCUACGGCCUGCGGCGCAACCCCUUCAACUCCAAGUACUUCCUGUCCAUCGGCGACUGGACGGCGCGCGUGUGGGUGGAGGACACGGCGGUCAAGACGCCCAUCCUCACCACCAAGUACCACCCCACCUACCUCACCGGCGGCACCUGGUCGCCCUCGCGCCCGGGCGUGUUCUUCACCAUCAAGAUGGACGGCGCCAUGGACGUGUGGGACCUGUACUACAAGCACAACGAGCCUACGCUCACGGUGCAGGUGUCGGACCUGGCGCUCACGGCCUUCGCGGUGCAGGAGAGCGGCGGCACGGUGGCGGUGGGCACCAGCGACGGCUGUACCUCGGUGCUGCAGCUCAGCACGGGCCUGUCCGAGGCCUCGCCAGCGGAGAAGGCCAACAUCAACGCCAUGUUCGAGCGCGAGACCACGCGCGAGAAGAACCUGGAGAAGGCCAUCAAGGAGGCCAAGGUGAAGGCGCGCAAGGAGCAGGCGCGGCGCGACGAGGUGAAGGACAACGUGACGGAGGAGCAGCUCAAGGCGCUGGAGGACGAGUUCUUUAAGACCACCGACCCGGCGGUGGGCGGUGGCUAUGGCGCAGGGGAAGGCGCGGCGGCGGAGUAAGGUGGCGGACCAAGGCGGCGGGCGGGGGAGUAGGGGAAGUGGUGUGGAGGGAGGAAGGUGCCGGCGUUGUGGUGCAGGCGGGCGGGUUGAGGUGUGGCGGACUGGGCUCGCAUGGCCUGCGGCUGCGGUGGGCGGCGUGCGUUGGUGGCGGGUGUGCUGUGCGGCAAGCAUGCGUCAGUCGUUUCUCUCGUGCCGUGUACAUGUCUGUGCCACCGCAGUGCGUUUGUCAUGGGAGUGCGGAGAAACGAACUCACGACAUGACACUUUGUGCGGCGGUGCUCGAGUGGCCUUACAUUAGGACUGACAUUCCUUGUCACCGAAUCGUGACUGGACGGUGAACUACUUGACUGUUAGGCAUGGCGUGUCUAGACCAAAAAGUAUGCUGACGCUGCAAGGCAUUUCAUGUAGCUAGGCCUAAGUGGGACUGGAAAGCGGUGGGGGUAAGGUGCCGCUAUUGAAGACGACAUGGGGUUGUGGUAUGAUUGGCGGCCGCCAGUCACGCUGAAUGAAUACACGAUGCAGCCAAAGAGGUAUCGGUGUGAACACUCGGAGGAGGCGGUGCUGUAAGUUUGCUACACUCGAGCAAAUGUGU